AUGUCAGUGAUCUUGGGUUGUCUGGCCACGGCGGCCAUACUCCCGUCCGCCCUAGCAUCAUCCUCACAUUUGGCUGCUCUCGCUUUGCAGAAUGUUCUCGAUAAAGCCUCGCCCAUCUUCGGCUCUUAUAUCAACAGAGCACCAGGUAGGGCUGAGUGGAUGAAAGCUUAUCCCGAUGAUACGCCUCUCGUCCAUCUUAACAUCCCGGGGACCCAUGACAGUGCUACAUGGAACUAUGACCAGGCAACCCAGCGAUCUCUCAAGGGAAUUACAGACUUGAACCAAGUCACCGUGCCGGUUCCUGAAACCUUUCGGUGUCAGGAUUUGCCUUUCAUAGACAUGCUUGAUAUGGGAAUUCGAGCUUUCGACCUCCGCUAUAGCUUUGACCCGACAAAUACCACUCUCGUCUUUUACCACGGGCCAGCGCUGUUAUCUGAGACCUCAACUGUGGAUGACGUACUAUUUGGCUUCUAUCAGUGGCUCGAUGAUCACCCAUCUGAAACGAUCUUUUUGUCAUUUCAACACGAAAGUUCGACCGCGAAGUACACGUCCAACAAUGCAGAGCUGCAGUUGAAUCUGUAUAAUAUUCUUGUUUCACCAGAGGCUCGACACUAUUUCCUCCAAAAGAAAGACCAGUUAGGGGCCCUCGGAGAGGCACGCGGAAAAAUAAUACUGCUUCGCCGAUUUGAUUUGGACCAGCUAGAUUCAUCAUACACAGAGGACCUUCCUGGCCUUCAUUUCUCGCCAAGUCUAUGGACAGACAACAGCCCAGACAUAAGCCUUGUUUACAAUUCGAAAAAGAAUAUGACUGCGUUUAUUGAGGACUAUUAUCAGCCACUUACACCGACUGGAUCCAGUGCUGUUGAGAACAUCAAGUGGAAGUUCAAUGCCACCAAGCGACAUCUUCUCAAAGCGACUACUGGACUUGAAGAUAGCCUGUUUUGGACUUUCGCAUCCGGCACAAACACGGCUAAUACACCACCAGACUGGCCCCGCAUAAUUGCCACGGGCAAUGGUUCCGAUCUGACACCAGAAGGUGGUGUGAAUCAUCAGCUGGUCUCUUUUUUUGAAGCAUUCUAA